CUGAGCGAGCUCAGAGCUGAGCAGAGGCGUCUUCCUCCUUCCUCCCGCACACACCAGAGACGUUCUCUGUGGGGUUUGAACCUUUUUUUAAAGACCAUACAGAUUAAGUGCGGAUGUCCUUGGAUGUUUAGAUGAAAAUCAUUUUUACCGUUAAGAUGGAUGUUUGGGUUCUUAAAGUGCACUUCUGUACCUGGACAGUGAUGAGUCUCCUGAUUGGUGUGUUUUCUUAUGGAGUGACAGUUAGAGACUUUCAGCUGGAGAUCUGCAAAGAAAACACACGGGUGUGUGUCACCACCCCUGCAGACUGUGACCCUCGCCCACCCUCAUCCACACAGAGUACUCUGAACAUGUCGUGUUACUACCAAAAGUGUGCAGACAGACAAGUAUCCAUGACAUGUGAGUGGAGUCUAGACUCAAACAGCGACACUGAGACUACCGCCUCCCUGAUUUUCAGCAGGGACCACGAAAUUAUAUCCUGUCAGGGCAUCUUCAACUCAGCAUCCGUUGUCAAUGUGACAGCAAGGAUUAAAAACCACAUGACAGAGAUCUGGUCUGAGCCUCACAGUAUCUUUCUUUUUGAAGCAGUCAAGCCCCCUACACCUGUAUUAACUGUGCUCAGCUCUACUGAGGACUCACUUGUCGUGUCUUGGACAAGCAGCGGUGAUGGCAGAUGUCAGCUUCGUUACAGACUCGACAGCGAGGACAUAUGGACCAAGGUUCCAGAUUUAUCUGCAAACCUGACGUUGAAUUACACCAUCAAAGACCUCCUGCCGUUUACAGUCUACAGAGCUGCUGUGGCCUGCAGGGAACAGAUCUUCUGGAGUAACUGGAGCUCUGAAAUCAGAGGAAGAACACUGGACAGAGUUCCUUCCAGGCCACCAGAGGUGUUUUACAGACUGGAGAAAAAAGGUGGAUCUCUGGAAGUUCAUCUCAUUAUGUUGAAGGCUCCUGAGUCUCUUGAAACUGAAGGUCGAAUCCUUGGAUACCAGAUGAGCUAUAAAGAAGGUGGACUGAUUCAAAGCACCACUGAUGUGACACGCCUAGUGGUGAAGGAGGGGAACUGCAGCAUCACAGUCAGAGCCUUCAACACAGCUGGCUACGGCCCUGCUGCCCAUCUCAGCUUCAGCACAAAAAGACAGAAGAUCCUGGUUAUGACAUCUCUUCCCUCUGUCAGAAACAUGUGGAUUUCCACCUCUUACCCAGAAAAAAAUGAGCUUCUGGUCCAGUGGAAGAUCCCCAUCAACCAAGGUCACACCCUGCCUGUCAGUUAUUUCCUGAUUCAGUGGCACCCUGAGACGAGUCCAUCCACCAGCCACUGGUCUCGAGUUGACGGCUUCAUCACCUCCACCGUCAUACGAGAUGUUGACCCUAAUAAGGAGUACCUGAUCAGUGUGUUUCCCGUUUACAACCAGCAGUAUGGGUCUCGUCAGUCUCUGCCGGCAAGUCUGCAGUACGGAGCUUUGAUGGAGGUGGUCAAUCUGAGUGUCAGUGUGACUAAGACAUCAGUGACCAUUAUGUGGGAGUGGCAGAGGAAGUCUGAGCCAGUCAGAGUGAGCAGAUAUGAAGCAGUUCUGAGGAAAGACUCAGACAAACAAUCUUUACCUUUGUGGCCAGAUGACCAGCAGCACACUUUCUAUGACCUGAUGCCCAACGCUCAGUAUUCUGUUACGCUGUUGGCUGAUAAUGUUUCUAAAAGCAUCGUUCAAAUGACGACAGAUUUCGAUGAUGUAACGGUGGUGGCUACAGCGAUUCCUCUGCUGCUGGUUGCUGCCACUGUGUUAAUCCUCUCCAUCCUGUCCAGGAAUCUGUACAAGUCGUACUUCUUCCCGCUAAUCUCUAGCCCUCGACUAAGCAAAACAGGCCAGUGGCUGAUGGACCCAAACCACGAGAAAUUUGCAGAGAGGAGCAUCCUUAAUAUUGAAGACUUCCAGGUGACUGAUGUCCUCAGAGACAAAAGUCUCAUCAUAGUUGAGCGAACCUCUCAGCUCUUACCAGAUGAUGACCAGCGUGAGGAUACCUCUCUGCUGUUGAUUGGCUGCCUCACUCUAGACUCUGAGUAUGUUUCUUAUAGUGCACAACCCACAGAGAACCAGUCCCGUCCUCCUAUCAAGGUUUUCAUAUCAGAAGAAAAUCAAGAGGCUGCCGGCGCUCCGCUACACGAAACCAAGCUCUGGCUUCCUCAGAGCGACAAGGACAGAAAUCAGGCUGACAUCUCCGAGAUAUCACAUCAGACCGAGGCUGCUGUGAGAAGUCACUUUCCUAGUUUGUUGACUGAAAGUCAGCCUGUUUAUCCGAUGACCUGUGAGACAGAGCACGUGUUGAAUUGGGGCAGGCAGAGUGACUGCUCUUAUCUGAUCUGUGAUGCAGGUUACAUUUCUAACAGUGACACAGGGUGAAAACACAUUGAGACAGACUCAGCAACUUCAGCAACAAAUGAGCUCAGAUAAGAUGUGGCCCAAAGGUUUAUUACAGCAAGGAAAACAAUGGCCUGUCUUGUGGGGCAGACUCAUCGGCUCUGCAUUUUUGGUAUUUUUGUAUAAAGAAAAUAUGGAAAGUUCCACAGCAGCAUAAUAAGCAAGGAGGGCCUCCUUUUUUAUCUUAAGAUCAUUGUUACUCCAUGUUUGACAUGCUCAUCUUGGUGUCUGCAUUUAAUACGCUGUAUAUUACAUGUAUUUCAUAAUGUGAACGUAUGUCAUCGUUGUAAGAUGUGGGUGCCACCAGACACUCUGAAAUAUGAUAACAUUCAGCCAAAUACUUAACUGAAGUACAUGUUCUUCUCUCUACUUCACUAUGUUUUGGUUAUGAACAUUAUACUUUUAUUCUGUACCAAUUAUUGUAAAGAUCUGGUUACUAAUUAUUUUGCAAAUUUGAAAAUGUUAAUCUACUAUUGCAUUAUGCUGCACUAAUAUAGAUAAAGCAACCCAGCAGUGUACAGUACAAGUAAUUCAAAUCAUUAACAGACACUUAUACGCUAUGUUCAAAAAUAUCCUAUAUUGUGCAAAAGAGUUAUAACUUGGACUUUUCACCAUUUCACACCACAAAAUGUUGCAGGAAGUCAGUGGAACUUUAAUUUAACCAGACAAGUCAUUAGAAAGACCUUAUAUGCGCGGACAGCCAAGAUACAGACAAAGUCACAGGCAAAGUAAUGCUUCUGUGGAGUCUUAUUUAUUACAAAAUAUCAUAAUAGGGACCCAUGUGAGACUGAAAAUAGUGCCCAGUUUUUUUUUUAGCCCCUGUCCAGCUACAACCAAGUCUUCUAGAAAGAUACUGAGGCAUCCUCAGUGCCACCAGGCGGCAUCUUAGUCAGAUAUUGAACCACUUCUACUCCCUGCAAGACCAUAUAAUCUGCAAAACACCUUCCACUCCUUGAACACAUCUAGAAAUUCUCUUCAUGAGUUCAAGUUAUUAAAUGAAUUAUUGAAAAGCGACGCUUUUCUCAUAAAGCAAACCAUGCUCUCUAUGAAUGCACAGGAGACAGAUGGAUCAUUGAAGCAUUGAAGACAAUCAGACAAAAUCGCUGUCUGUUUUAGAAGGAACCUUGUUUGUGAAUUAACUCUGGGAAUAUAUAACUGAGUCAUUGGGGUAACCUUUAUAUAUUUAGGGAUGGGCUUCAGACUUCUUGCAACCCGGAAUGCUAAGAUUCUCAUAGGAAGUGAGCAGAAAGGUCAGGAUUCGAAAUGAGCUGUCGCGCCAGCAUAAUUUGACCAUUUUGAAGAAAGUAAUCAAGGCAAGGCUGAGAUGGUUUGGACAAGUGUAGAAGAGUGAUAGUGGAUACGAUGCACAAAGGAUGCUCAGUAUGGAGCUUCUAGGCAGGAGGAAAAGAGGAAG